AUGCCCAUAAUACUACUUGGAAUGCGCCUGCCCCCGUCCCGCAGACUACAAGAAGGCCUGCCCCUUGCUGUCAAAGAAGGAAAACCCCUCCACCUUCAUCUCAAUGGGGCCAUCAGUACCCCCAACAAUGUCACCCUCCCCGUGAGCUUCUCCUUCUUCCUCCUCAAGAUCUCGGCUGCAGCCCGCACGUAUCAAGAGGCCUUUAACGUGUUUGUAUCGCUUUCGAAGACAAUCAAGGGGUGUACUGGCUGUUAUCGUGGCCCGAAGCCGCGAGAUCUUGGUCUUCAAAUGAGCCAGCUUCUUCUCCACCGCGACGAGGAUCUGCGGAUUGGGUCUCUCGCCUCCGCUCUCCCCUUGCUCCUCUCCCCUUCUCCGGCAACGAUUUCCUCCCCAAGAGCCACAACCGGGCUAGGGUUCCUCCCGAUGCCUAUUGCCUCUCCGCUGGCCACGAAAAUCUGUCGCCCAUCGCAGACCGCAUUACCUCGUAGUGGCCCCGAGCUGCCCGAGCUGCCUCAAGCUGUGGAGAUGGGCCGCAAGCCGAACCCGCUCAUCCCCGAGUUCUUCAGCCGUGGCGCAUUUGGACUGUCGGCUGAACUGGGAGACGUCGUUUCCACCCCGGCCCCGAUCCUAGUCGCCUCGCACUGA